UUCUAACCCACACUCUUUUCCUCGUUUUCUGUACGUGCGCUCGGCGUCUUCCCCUCUGUGGCAGCACCUCUGCAACCUUCGAAUAGCCCGAUCAUAACCCGACAUUCUUUCUUCAUCUCCUUGAGUCUUUCUGGUCAAACUAUACCUCGCUCCUUAGCCUUCUCGCCCUGUCCACGACGUCGCCACGCCGGCGGGCUUUAGUCCCGCUCCCAGAGCAUCAAUUGUUUCGGAGUACGCUGAGGUGGAGCUCUGAAUCGCCUCCCACGUGGUAACAGGUCCUGAGAUAUGCUGCCCGACCCUCCGCCCCCGCGUUCCUCCCUUCGACCGCCAAGCGCUAUCGUCGCACCUUCGCCAGGAUCCAUUCAGUCGUCUCUUCCCGCGAGAAAGUCUAUCAGGAGGGCGGCCACAGAGACAGGUCUGAAUGUGACCGCCGUGCAUGGAUCCAGCGGAAGCGCGACAAGCACGCGGGCAGGAUUGAAUAGGCCCUCGGGCAGCUCAAUGUUCCCCACUACUUCCGUGCGCGCGAGCCUCACAGCCUCCCCCCCAUCCCAACCCUCGCCGUCCACGAGAAUAUCGAUCGUGUCGAAUACGACCUUGACAUCCCACUCUAUCACUCCUCUCUCUUCAGCCUUUGCAUUCUCCGCUCCCAUGGACGGUCAGCCAUCUGGAAUCUCCUCUUCUCUAUCGUCCCCUUUGGCGGCCCGCACACCUCCAUCACGCUUACGCGCGCCCUCAAUCACAGUACGGAACUCAACUGUCGAGAGCAGCACCUCAAACUCAUCUCGAUCGCAGUCUGCGUCUAAAUCGAAUGUCAUCCGUUCGACGGCACCGACUUCCCCAACCAAAACAUCUUCUCACGCAGAGAGCACGCGAGCGAGAGCAGUGUCGGCUAGCGCGACAUCAACUACGACAGCUGCUGCCCGAGCUUGGGCAAUGUCGGUCGGUAGCAACUCGCGCUCUCGUUCGCAGGCACCAACCACGCCUCCUUCCGUUCCUCCAGUUUCUCGGCUACGCAGGCCAAGCACGGCUGGUAAUUCGACCGACGCUGCGGGUGGGGACAUCAGGAAAGGUGUUGGUGAUACCGUAGUGAAACAUCCUCCCCACCACUCGCCCCCGGCCUCCUUGCCCUCGAACUCAACAAUCCCCUCACACAAAUCGGUACCCAGUCCUGCGUCACCAACACAACGUAUUCCUGAUGGGUCAUCAAUCGGCCACAGGCACAUGUCUCUGAGCACGCUACCGCAAACGACGAAGCACACGACUCUCACUGCUUCAUCAUCUUCAUACUCCAGUCGAAGCCGGGUUCCUGCCAUCAAUACAUCCACCUCGUUGCAAGCCUCGGUCUCUCGGUCUGAGAUGCGGCCGAUUCCGGGCCCGAUUUCCCCAGCACAGUCUGCCACUUUCGCCACAGCUCGUGCUGUCAUCCAACGUGGUCGAGAACAUAAUGGUACAAGUGGUUCGCCGAUGGGUGCUCUAAGACCUGGCGACUCAUUCGAAAGCUCUGCGGACGCAGGGCUUCCAGCAUUCGGUGAUCUGAUUGCUGCUCCCCAGGGCACAGGGACGCCGAAGACACCGACACCACACUCAGACGUUCCGCUUUCUGCAUUUGGGGUGUCCGAUAUGCCGGCUCAGUCGCCGGCGGAAUCUGACAGGGGUCGCAACACGCUAAAAACCACCACACCGACGGACUCAGACACAACAAGUCCGGCCAGCCCUAUGGGCGUACCAUUGAGCGCCGUUGGAGGUUCUAUCCGCACUGGCUUUGGUUUCAAUAGCAGGGCACUCCAGGCGUCGUCUUCGGGAUCCAACAAAGCGAGCAGGGAGACUGCAAACGAGGGGGACCGGGAUCCAGCUCUUGUGUAUCAGAGUGGAUGGCUGGAUACACCAACACCGAGUGCCCAGUUGUCCUGGCCUGAUCGUGGCGCCGUUCCCUCUCCCUCUCUUGACCCAUAUUACUCCCCAAAGCGCAGUCGUAGCCACGAUAGGAGCAGAGACGCAGCUCUUGGCACACCGAAUACACCUCCCAGACCGCCCAAGUCGCCGUCCAGGGCUCGCACGCUCAUACCAAACGAGGCAAUUGAGCAUUCGCAGUCUAGAAUGCAGGAAUCUGUCGGUCUUCUCCCUAAGCCGAAGCUGACAAGAAGCGGCACUGAAUCGUCGAGAUCGCAAUCCAGCGAUAGUGCAACCAUCUCUCGUUCAUCUUCGAUGCCGUUGUCUAGAAAGCCCCCGGCGAUUAGUGACGAUGCGAAGCUGCCUAUCCGGUCUGAGCUCAGAGCCCCCAAGACGCUGGUCAUGCCCACGGACUCAUCAAACCUGCGUUCACGACAGUCGCAAGAAGAUGUCGUCCCUCUCGCACUGCAGACAAAGACGUUGCCAGUCGCUCGACCGACUGGACCCAAUUUGUCGACUGCCCAUCCUCAUUCUCCAUCUACCCAGCGCAUAAACCGCGCUCCGGACACGACGGCUCUGUCCGGGAAUCCACGGUCCAGGACAGUCUCUUCGGAUGGGGAAAGCGUGGCUACGCGAUCUAGCGGUGAGGGGAUGAUGAUGCGAAGAAAGAAGUACGGUCCCAGCAGGCUUGCUGUGGGUCGCAAAGUAGAGGAUUUGCCAUCACACAGUGGCACGGAUUCGGAUGCCACAUCGAGUGCACGGACAACGGAGCAUGAUGUCGCACUGGCGAUGCUGGGUCCGCUGCGGAGCUCGAGUGGAUCGGAAAAGCGGCCAAGAAACGUGCUCAAGCGCAAACCCAGUGGAGUGACGUCGAUGACAGCAGCAUCAGUACACGACAAUCCUCCAACUCUCGCCAUCGAACUUCCGGCCACCGUCCCGAUUGCGCUAUCUCCUGAGCCGCUGACCCCAGCUGGUGCGGUUGCGCAGGCUUAUAAAGACAGAGCGACGCCCAGUCCCGAUGGUGAUGAGAGGGAUCCAACCCCGUACUACACUGUGUUUGGCUCAACUUCCGGGCGCAUUGUGGCGGUUGGCUCGAAAGAGGACUGGGAAAGCGGAUUCGGCGUGUCGUCGCGCGUAGAGGCUGUAAAGAAGUCAAACCGGAUACUAUCGAGGAAAAGCAGCGAAAGCGGAAGAACCAGCAACACAACCGAGCGCCUUUACGCAAAGCGGCGCCCCAGUCAUGGAGAGACGGAAGGGGCCGUGCCUAGCUACACUCCGAUACACAACGAACCUCGGUCACGGCGUUCAGAACCUGCGCUGAGUGGAGGCAACAAGAUCUGGAAGCUGAUGAAACGAAUCAGCACGGGGGCCUUGAAGGAGCAAUACGCAGAGCCACGGACACUCCCUCCAGUUCCGCCAUUGCCUCCUUUACCGACGACAGGUAUUCCUCGGACAUCUCGGACGUUGCCGACGCCCCCGAGAACCAGUACUACGACGCGGUCAUCUUCACAAGACUCCAAGUUCUUUUCACAGCAAUCGGGCAGGUCGUCUACCUCUUCGUAUGAGAUCCCGAACGAUGCGCCGCCGAUGCCAAACUCGAUUGUUGGCCAGCAUAUCGUUCCACCACAGGAGUUGUACAGGCUCGAGGUGGAGUCCUCCGCGGCUGAGGAGACACCGUCGCCCCCACCUGAUAUCAAGGCACGUCCCGAAUCCCAGUCGUUGCCCUUGCCACCGAGAAGGCUACCAAAGCCGACAACCGCACCGCUGGCAAACCGGGUCAGCGAUACACCGAGCAUCCCCCAGUUCUCGACAGUGGACGCGUUCAAUUCAUUCCCAGCUCGCAAAUCAGUCGAUGGCACAAUAAAACGUCGUCCGCUGCCUGCGGUCUCGCGAUUACCCAAAACACGGAUAGAGCCCGUGAUGUUCCGCGCAGAAAAUACUGCGGCCGUUUUGACUGAACGCGAGAAGGCUGAUCGGUGGGAUGCGUUGCUGGAAAAGAGUGACAAAGCUGGUGGUACGAUCCAUAUGGGGAUGGGUGCGCUCGAGAGCGAGAACAUGAGUGUGCGAACUUCGGUUGGCAGUACGGUGCUGCUUAAUGACUUCUAACGUUCAAUCUAAUAUGACGAACGACAGUACGACACACGAAUCCAUCAAAUGUCGCCCUUCAUAUUCCAACGCUGUGUAUUAGACUCGGAUACCCUCGCUAUUCAUCAUACCCCUUAUAUUUGUGUGUAAUUUUCGCUGUUGCAUAUACACGCACUUUGUCGUAUCGUCGUAAAUACGGCUCGAUACUGAUAGAGGUGCGUGAAAAUCUAAAAAUAAAUCAAUAAUUCGAAAGA